AUGCGUACCGCGUCUCAAUCGCUCGACCACAAUGUCCCGCCGCGAUCGAGGUUUCUGGAACUCCCCACUGAACUGCGCCUCCGGAUCUACUCCUUCAGCUUCAGUGACCCGGAUCUUGGCCGUCGGCCCAAGUAUAUUCAGCGAUCGGAAGUAGCAAUUCUCAGCGAUGAAUUUCUUCGCAAUCGGCCCGGAUUUUGGGGGACCGAGAAGAUGACCAGGAUUUUGCGAGUAAACAAGCAAAUCCAUGAUGAAGCAAUGGAAGUGCUUUACAAAGAGUUUUCGUUCUGGCUUGGUCCGUUAUCUGAUUUUGUUCCGACGACGUACCGCUCAAGUCGUCGACCUGUUCGCACGCCCGACGAGUUGUUGAGUGCCAAGCCGUUGUCUCUAGUCCGGCACAUCGAGAUCACGCUUUUUCUACGGCUCCAGCAGUUCUACACAUAUUCAGGGGUACCAGCCGACCCUACUCAGCUCAGUCCGCCGGUGACCAUUCCGUCAGUACCAACGAUGGACCCUUUUCUUGCCAUGGAACGGUCAGCGCUCAAGCGAGUCAUUGCCCGCAUGCCAGCCAUCAAAAGCGUGACGUUGUGGAUUGGUGUUCCAUAUAUUCGGGUUCCGGAUGGCGCAAAGGCUCGAAUGGUGUAUCAUGUCGUUGAAGUCGGCAGAGUUUUGAAGGGUAUCGACAAGAUAGUCCUCAAUUUUGAUCGCCGGGUUGAGGGUUAUGCUGACGACGAUACGGAUGGACAUCGAGUCUACGAAGAGUGCACCGAGAAGCUUUCCCAGUUCAGCCAUGCCCCGUCCAAAGCCCUACGUCUUAAUCGCACCAUAGAUGAGAUCACCUGCCGGCUUCUGUUCAACAUCACGAAUGACGACUUCCAAGUCGCGCGCGACAAGAAGGAACCCGCCUAUCUCAACUGGACCUCCGACGGCUGCAUGGGCAUCAACGUGACAGCAUUGCUUCCCUACUGCUAUCGCCACGACUUCGGAUACCGCAACUACGGCGACCAGAGCCGCCUCGCAGCCGAAAACCGCAAGUCGAUCGACUACAACUUCCUCUUGGACCUGGUCUACGUUUGUGAAUUCUUCCCGAACGCCUACAAAGAGAUGGGGAAACGGGAUAUGAACAUCACGUCGUCCGCGGAACAAACGUGCCAGCUUGAUAAGAUGUCGACAACACCCCCAGUCAUCCUAUUCGACUACGACUUCUCCCCCUUCGGCCAAAAAAUCCGCCUCCUCUUCGCCUGCGCCUCGCGGCCAUACCUCCAAUGCGCCCAACCACCCCUCCUCCCGCGCCCCACGCUCAGCGCUCUCGGCAUCACCUACCGCCGCAUCCCCGUGCUCGCCAUGGGCAAAGAUGUCUACUGCGACACAUCCAUCAUCAUCGACGCCGUGCUCGAGAAGCUCGCGCCUGGCUUCCCACGCAUGCGCGCCGAGAAAGCGUACGAGGCGUUCGGGCGCGCGCUGUUCAGCAGCGCGAUGGGGUUGAUAGGGCGGGUGCCGGACGAGGCGAUGCUGCAGGAUCGCAAGACUAUUUUCCCGCAGCUUUGUCGCCCGGAUCUGCCGUCGCUGCGACCGAGCGCGCUGGCGGAGUUUCGGGCGACGAUGAGUAUUGUGGAGCAUGAUUUUUUGAAGGCGGGCCCGUGGAUUGGGGGGUUUUCGAUGAGCGUGGAGGAUGUGCAUGUGGGGUUUGCGGUGAGGUGGAUUUUGAGGACAAUGCAGGUGGAGAAGGUGGAGGGGUUUGGGAAGGAGGAGUUUCCGAAGGUGCACGAGUGGGUUGAGAAGCUCCCGCGCAGCACGCCUCAGGAGAUUGGGCAGGAGGAGGCCAUCAAGGCUAUCCUCGACGCUAGGUAUGUAGCUAAUACGCCAUCGUUCGAUCAAGCGGACCCCCUGGGUAUUGAGAAGGGCACGGUUGUGGGCGUAGAGAGCCUCGAUGCCGAGCCAGGCGCACAUCCGCAGAAUGGGAAGCUGGUGGGCGUCGGGCUUAAGGAGGUAGUACUGGAGCUGGAGAACGGCAUCAGGCUCCAUUUCCCACGGCAAGGCUACGUGGUGCGCAAGGUCGAGGGAUGA